AUGGCUCCUCCCACCAACGAGGAAUUGCAGGAGCAAGUGAUGCAACUGCAAGCGAUGCUUCAGCAGAUGCAGGGCAAGGUGGCAGGCAAUGUCGCGCGCGUGGAUUCAUAUAGAGUUCCGAAAAUUCCGCCGUUCUUAAUUAAAGAUCCGGUGAUAUGGUUCAUUCAAGUCGAGGCCACUUUCGAGACCGCUCGAAUCACAGAGCAAAAGAUUAAGGCGCAUCACGUGAUUAUGUCUCUGGACGCAGAAGUCAUCGCGUGCUGCAGAGAUCUCAUCACGGAGCCCGACGUGAAUGAACCAUACACCAAAUUAAAACAGCGUAUCAUUGAAAAUUUUUUAGCGUCAGCAGAAAGUCAACUGCGACAAUUAAUAAAAGGCCAAGUGCUUACGUCAGGUAAACCGUCGCAGAUUCUCAGUCGACUUCGUAACUUGAACUCUGACAAACGAUGUGAUGACGCUGUAAUAAAAACUGUGUUCUUUGAACAUUUAUCACCGCACAUUAGAAGCAUUCUUGCAACUACCGAAAGCACGGAUCUGGAUAAAUUAGCCAAAAUGGCGGAUAAAAUAGUUGAGACCGUGGGUGAUUCUGCGCAGUGUGCCGCCGUAUCGUCGUCAGAGUCUAAACCGUCCGACUUAGAAGCUAGGAUCGACGGUCUGGCCGCUGAUAUUGCUACCCUCGCGGCUGAGGUCAAGCGAUACAGCAGAUCUCAGACGAGAGACAAAGCAAAUAAAAAUCGUAAGCAAAAGCAGAAACUCUCGUGUCUGCUGGCCGCAUCGUACUUUUGGAAAACAAGCGCGAGUCUGUAA